AUGAUUUUGGAGAAAAAUCAGUUCGAUCUUCCUAUAACAGGGAAAGAAAAUGCUUUAUUCAAAGAAAUUUACUUCAAAAUCAUUCCAAAGAUGCGAAAAUAUGGGCAAAUGUCGGAGGAUCUGCAAAACAAGUUCAUUAAAUUUUUCGAUUUACUGAUUAAAGUAGGUCUAACAGGCUUAAACAAAAAUUCAAACGAACGAAUCCAGAUUCUUACUCAACUUGCCUUCGAUCAAAAUUGCCAAACUUUCAAUAAUAACAAAGAAGCUCAUCUUGAUGAGAAAAUCCUCGAAUUAUUUAAAAACAACAAGAUAUACGAUACUUUUCUUGAGUUCCUUGAUAAAGAUGACGCUACAAUAUCCGCUUGUUUCGCUUUAAGUCAAGUUUUUAUUUCAUUACAGAUAUACUUUACUGAUUUUGACAUUGUAAAAGCGUUUAACAAAUUGUUCGAUGCCAUUGUACGCGCCGGUAAGAAAAAUGCUCGUCUUUUUGUCACUUCAGAAGUUUCAAAAUUCAAAGACAUCAUUUCACAGCAUUUUUACAACUCAAAUCUUUGUUGCCGUAUGAUGGAUAUCUACGCUGUCCUUGCCAGUUGCGAAAUUUUCGAUAGACAAUUAUAUGGAUAUCAAAUGAUCCAAAAGAACCUUGAAAAUCCGAUGACACAAGACUACUCAUUGAAUUGGUUUUCAAACGAAAGCAAUUUGGAGAUCCUAAAACGUCAAGAACUGCAUCCACAAAUUAUGCCAAUUUUAGCAACAAUUAUUUCCAUACUAGAAAAGGAAAACUUACUUCCUUUCCAUAUUAUAACUGAAUUAUGGAACCAAAAUAACGUUAUCCAUUCAAGUGAUUUAGAUUCUUUUUAUAAAAUGUUUUUAAUCAUCGGAGAAUCGAUACAAAGCAAGAAUUUCAGUGAAUACAUCAGCUUAGUAACAAGUCCUGACAACAAAACAAGUCAAUGGUUCAAUUUUAUAAUUAAUUUAGCAGUUGUUUUCGGGAAAAGAGAAGAUGGUAAUGAUCCAUUCAAUGAUUUAAGGUCUUAUAUCUGUAAAUUCGCUUUUGAUGACAAUUCAGAUUUCAAUGACCAAGCAAAACACGGUUUGGUCCUUGUUUUGAAAUAUCACAUCACUUUUGACAAAAUUAUUGAUAUUUCAAAAGUUUUGAUAGAAAAUUUACCUAAUGAAUGCUUUUACAUUAUGCAGAAGAUCAUUGAGAAUGUUAAUAUAACAGACAUGAAGUUAAUCAUGGAGUUGUUACAUAUGGCUUUUGAUCAAAUCAUGAAAACAAAAAAUAGAAAACAAAUUUAUGAAUUUUUAGUCAGUUUUUGCACAAAAUUCGAUGUUUAUUUCGAUAAAGAUUUGUGCAAAUUGGUUUUUGAUAAAGACCAGGAUUCACAUUAUUAUGAUUUCCUUUCUAAACUGAUUGAAAACGCGUUGAUUGACACAUCAAUUUUAGUUUCUUUCAUCAUGGAACAGAAAAAUAUUAAUUUUUGUUCUUCUUUCGUUUCUCUUUUGAAAAAAAUUGUGUUAAGUGAUAUUCCUGAAGAAGGAAUUGACGAAUAUCCAAUACCACAUGAAGAAUUGUUGUGGAAAUUCGUGAAGAUCAAUUCAGAUCAACAAAACGAAAUUGCAGAAUUUCUCGUGAAAUGUUACAUGAGAAAUGAUUUAAGAAAAAUUUCAAAUAAUGAAAUGAUUGACACUUUUUUGGAAAAAUGGAUUUCAGAAAAUCCGGAACUCACUGAUAAAAUGAUGAUUAACCUUUUACACUUGUUUAUAACGAUAUGCGAGAAGAAAGUUGAUUAUGAAGAUUUCGAUUUGAAACCACAUUUAUAUGAAAUUUCUCCAAAAGUUGAAAUCGAAGUUUCUUUCCAAAAACAAACAAUGAAAUUAAUUGUUUCAUCAAGGAUAUCAAUCUCUGCUUUAACCAAAAGAGUCUGCCAGUCAUAUGGUGAUUAUCAUUACUCUUUCCAGUUGAAAAUGGAAAACUCUGUUUUGAAUCCAAACAAAAUUUUGUCAGAUUAUAAACUCACUUCACCUGUCAAAAUGACAUUAGUUCAGACGAAUGAACAAAUGAAAACAAGAAGUGCUAGAGAGUAUGAUGAGCUUCCAAGCAAUGUUAUUUAUGAAUCACAUUAUGAAAUUGUUGAAAAAAUGAUUGAAUUAAUUAAAAAUGAUGAUGAAGAAGCCAAAAAACUUUUGGAUGACUUGCCAACAUAUAAAAACACAUUGGAACAGAUUAAUAAUAUAGAAGAUGAUGAGAUCUUUGAUUACAGUGGCUUCCUUCCUCUUCAUCAUCCUCUUUAUUUCAUGUAUAACUUCGAAACAUUGAUAUCUAGUGACAAAUGGCCGAAAAUGACGCAUAAUGGUGGUUUCUUGUAUAUCAUUGGUUGUAUUGAAGAUUCUGAUAACAAUAUCUGUGAAAAUAUUAUUAAUUUUAUUUCCAAAAAAUUCUCAAAAAGAAAGAAAAACAAAUAUUCACAACAAAUUUUAACAAGUUGUUUAAUAAGAAUUGCAAAUCAAUUUGAAGAUAGCGAAGAACUAUUAGGGCCUAUUUUUACUAUGUUAUCUGAUUUAGUUAAUCUCAAUGAGGAGAUCCAAUUCCCUCAUGAUUUCGAUGAAAUUGUUUCAAUGAUUUUGGAAAGUGACAAUUCAAAUAUAAUUGAAAAUUCACAAGUUUUUCUCAAUAAUAAAGUGCCAAUUUCACAAGAUAUAAUCAUACACUCGUUGCGUGAUGCAGGCCAUGAAACUAAAGGACAGAUCUAUGAGAUUUUAGUACAGCAUUUAACUGAUUUUGAUGAAAAUCUUUUCGAAGAAAUUGUCAAAACAUUAAAAGGAAAAAAAGUGACAUAUUUAAAGCCAUGUUUACUUUGUCUUAAAAGUCUUGUACAAAUGGAAGACAUGGAUGAGAACUACAAAGAUAUCGUCUGUGAAAUGUUAAUCGACAAGUACUUAAGACUCGAUAGUGAUAGAAGUGACGGUUAUUUUAAAUUAGUUUGUUCGAUUUUGAGUAUUAUUAAUAACGAAAGAUUAAAUGAACAUAUUGAUGACAUUUUCCAGAAUUCCAAGUCAAUAAGGAACUGGGAUACCAGUGGUGACAUUGAAACGAAACAUAAAAACGGAGCAGGACUGAUAAAUUUAGGUGCAACUUGUUUCUUUAAUUCAACUUUACAACAAUUCUAUGCGAUCCCUCAAAUCAGAAAAAGUGUCAUUGAAUAUGAAGGUGACAACUUGAUUUUGAAAGAGCUGAAAGAGUUAUUUUCGAAGUUGUAUUAUUCAGAAAGGCAAAGCCAAUCAACAGAGAAAUUGAUCAAUUCAUGGGUUGGCUGGGAUGGACAGAAAUUAAAUCCAGUUAUUCAACAAGAUGCUUGUGAGUUUUUACAAGAUUUAUUGGAUAAACUUGAGAAAGGACUUGGCGUAGAUUUCGUACAUUCAUUGUUUAAAGGAACAACAACACAUUACACAGAAGGAAUCAAUGAAAAAUACGAAAGCCAAAAAACAGAAUCAUUUUUAACUUUGACAGUUCCUGUAAAAGGAUCUACUAAUAUUAAUGAUUCUUUCGAGCAAAUGUCUGCACCGGAAUUCUUCACAGGACAAAAUAAAAUAGAAGCAGAAGGUUUAGGUAAAAUAGAUGCAAGAAGAUACGCAAAACAAACUGAAAUUCCGCAAUUUUUGAUUAUGCAAUUGUCACGUUUUGAAUAUAAUUAUCAAACAUGGCAAAGAAUCAAAAUUGACACUCCUUUCAUUUUUCCUAUCAAUCUAUUAGUCAAUAACUCCAAAUACAAGUUAUGUGGAGUCAUUGUUCACAUGGGAACUGCUGAAUUUGGUCAUUACGUUUCUUAUGUAAGGGACAGAUUCACUCAGAAAUGGACUUAUUUCAAUGACGACCAAGUCAGUGAAAUUUCUGAAAAUGAUGUAUUGCAAACAUCGUAUGGAAGUAACACGAGAAGUGCUUAUCUUUUGUUUUAUGAUAAAGAAGGUAUCGAAUACGAAAACGACAUCGAAAUUGAUGAAGAAAUCAAAACAGAAAUCGAUGAAGAUAACAAUCAAAUACAGAUUUCUAGUUUGAUUUAUUCGACACCUUUCUAUUGUUUAAUGAGAGAUUUAAUGAAUGAUUUGACAUUGGAAUAUUUCUUGAAAUACUUCCCAUUCACGAAACACACUGAGAAAGCAAGUGUUUUAGGUGAAGGACUGAUCAAGAAAAUGGCAACAGAUGACACAAUUCACGAUAGAUUGAAAGAUAAAUUUAACACUGGAGAAUUCACAGAUGGAAUGAUUUAUUCUCCAAACGAAAAAGUCAGAGAAUAUACUUUGAUGUUAAUUAAAGAAAUUGGUGUUUCUGAAAUGACAUGGGCUGGUGCAAGUAAUUUCUUUUCUGUCAUGGCACAUAUUCACGCUUAUCCACAAGGUUUGUAUCCUUUCUUUGAUUUGUUAUAUCUUUGUUUGGAGAAUGAUGAAAUCCUAGAAAACGCAAGAGAAGAUAAUUGGCCAUAUAAAAUUCAUGCAUUGUUAACAAAAAGAAUUCCUGAUUAUUGCCUUGAAAAAGACAAAAAUAUCAAUGAAUACUAUGAAUCAAUUGAUAUUAUGCCUUUAAUCAAUGUACUUGAUUUACUCUCUCAAAUGGAAGAUCAAGAUAUUAUUAAUUAUUUGACAUCUAUUGAUUUUGUUUGUAAUGUUUUGUUUUCGAAAACAAGUCUUAGAAAAUUUGUUGCUAUUUUGGAAACUUAUGUUGAAGACUUCACUGAUUACAUUACUCACGCAAUAGCAAAUAAUGCACCUCUUGAAAGGAUAACUAACUUUACUUUCUUAGUACAACCUGAAGAUACUGUUCAUUAUUUGUUGAAUUUAGUUUGUCAAAUUUCCAUUUCUAAUUGGUUGGCUACUUUUUGUCUCCUCGCGAAGAAGAGGAUGCAUGUUGAUAGGUUCAUUGAUUCAUUAAAGGACUGGAUUAACUAUUUAGCUUCAGAAGAUGGCGAUGAACGAAUAACUGCUUAUUAUUUGAUCAUUUUCUUAUGUCCACACAAAAUGUUCCAAGUAAAUCUUCCUCAAUUUCCUUUGAAUUUACAAAUUGAUGCUUCCGAUGUUACUUUUACUCCUCAAGAAGACAAGCAGUUAGUUGAUCGCUGUUUGAGUAUUCUUGAUUGCAUACAUUAUUGUAGUGAAGAUUUAUUCUCCAAAGCUUGUGAAAUUUACUCAGAUUCUCCAAAUUCUAUUAUCCCUUUGAUAAAUGCAAUUAUGACUUUAUGUCAUGCAGCAGGAGACACGAGACAAAGUGAUCUUUUGAAAGAACUCUUGGAUAAACUUAGAGGAUAUACACAUCCGUUCGAUACUCCUGUAGAAAUGAUAUUAAACAAAUUGGCAACUUUUUGUAAUUUUGUAAAAGUGGCAGAUGAUUUUGUUUCACCUCACUUAUCAUCCAAAGAUGAAAAACUUGCUCAAGCAUAUGCAGGAGGACUUGCCAAACAUCUUUUGACUGAAGGAAUAUCCACGAAAUGCGCAUUGAUUUUGCUGAAAAUGUAUAUAAACAUCCCGAGAAGUUCGAUUUAUCAAAGUAUCAGAGAAUUGUUUACUUUGGUUUGUUUGCAGCAACCAAAUGUCGUAAGGACAUUUUUGAACACGGAAGAACUCCAUCCGCCAUCAAUGAACUUCGUUUUGUUCCUUGCAAAAACUGCUGAAGUUCAAUUUUCUGCAUUAAAGUUACUUUCGCAAUCCUUGAGUUUGCUUGAUGCUGUAAAUGCAAAUAAGAUAGUUGCAGACUGCAUAAAGUACAAUAAUGGUGAUUUGAUUGAAGAAGAAUUAAGAAAAAUUGCAAAUUGCGACUAUGUCAAAGAUGAAGCAAAGGAAGCAGUCCUGAAGCUUCUUAAUAGUGAGGAAUUGCAUAAAGAAGAGCCAAAUCUUAUUCUUGAAACGGAAGAGCCGAAAUCUCCAAAGAAUUAA